UCUCGGGAGUUUCCAAGCAGCCCUCUCCUGUUGCCCCCUGCGUCAAAAUGGGCAGGGGCAAGACGAAAGUCCAGGUGCCAGAGUGUCGCUAUGGUGCGGCCUGUACUCGGAGGGAUUGCGUCUUCAAGCAUCCGCCAAAGCCAGCAAAGUCUGUCCGUCAAUCCGUUGUUGAAAAAUCCGACAAGGUGUGCUUUGCAUACGUUGCCGGCAAAUGUGCAUUUGGACGCCAGUGUCACGACAAGCAUCCGGACGAGGCUUCCUGCCUGACGAUCAAGGAACGCUACAGCAAGAUUGAUUGCCAAUGGGGCCGGAAUUGCCGAACCGAUGGGUGCCUCUAUCGGCAUCCCAGCGACGAGCCUGUUGGUCCCGCACUCACGUUGGAGCUGAAGCCACAACCAGCGGUCUAUGCAGCGGGAUAUCCGGUUGACAAAGUCGAGGCGAAAGUCGAAAGAGUCGAAAGAGUCGAAAGAGAACGAGAAAAGGACCGUGGUCCUGUUUCGCCACGAGAGCCUGCACAGCAACUCCCAGUCAAGGCUGAGAGGUCCAUUGAACCGCACCAUGGCAUGGCCGUCGAACGACGUCACGAGGACCCCAUCCAAGCCUUGGCAGAGCGGAUGAUUCCUGAUGAAGAGGCCCAGGAGCAGGCCAGACAAGAACAGUUGGCUGCUACACUUCGUUGUAUGGGCUUUGAUGAGGAUUUGCAAGCAGUGCAUCGAGCAGAUGGGAAUUUGAACAGAGCUGUGGACGACUUGCUACGUGACCCAACAGAUGACAGCAGCUUUUCCCCACCGCCCAUGGCAGAGCUUGGGAACUACAAAGGCCCAACUGCCAUGGAUGCCUUAAAGGUGGAGCCGACGAAGCCCUUUCGUUCUGCCAUCCCAGCAACCGUGGGAGAUGCGUUGGGUUUGAUUCGAAAGAGACCGCAUGCGACACAUGAAGUGAAGAAGCGUGGUCCGAGUGCCGCCUUGCGACGCCACUGCCGAUGGAUCAAGGAGCUGCAGCAACAGGUAGCAGAGGAAGCCCAAGUGGUUGAGCACGAGGAGAUCGAACGUGAUCGACGGCAACGAAUCCAAAGGGAGGUCUUCCGGAAGCAACGGGAUGCCAUCCGCCUCAUCAAAUUGAGCCUGGAAGUCAGAUGCAAGGAUCAAAACACGGCCCUAACCGUGGCCCUCACCACGAGCAUCGCAAUUUACGAUGUGCCAUGCUCUGUGCAUUGCAUCAUUGCACCACAAAGGCAAAGGCUGAGAGGCAUGAGAGGCCAUGCCGGCGCUGCGGAGGACUUGACCUCAGUCCUGAACCCCAAGGCGAAAGGCGCAUCCAAGCCGGUGUGGGCAAUGACAGAAGGAGAAAAGGAGGAGCAAGAACAGAUAGACUUUGGUCAACUCAUCAACUUUGUCGAAGACCUGGACUACGACGAGUACAUCCAUGAUUUGGAAUUCCGAGAAUGUCUUCAAGCUGUUACAGACAGAGCAAGAAGACUGCAGCGUGAGCAAGAAGCCUUCAAGGAUUCGUUGCUGCAAGAGCUGAAUCAAGAAACGAAUGAUUCGCCCUCGGAACGUUUGGAGGACCCGGGUAGAUUCGGAUAG